AUGGCUGGGACCGUUUUGUUCCUGAUUGCAGCUGCUCUCGCGGCAGCGUGUGGCGCGGUACGUGUGAUCCUGCCGCCGACAGACAUGGCGCGUGUUGUCGGUUCAAACGUCACGUUAGCGUGCGUUGUCUCUGACCGACAGCCGUUAGAGAGCGUCCAAUGGAAACACCAACCGGUUAACAGUGACGCAAUCAACGCCUUAACUUUUAACGAGAACGUGUUGUCGAGUCAUGCGAAAUACAGUGUAGUGUGGACGUACAAUCUGACGGUGGCCAACCUGACACACGCGGACACCGGACUCUACCGCUGCACUGCCGGCGGCCGCGACCACGACGCCAUCCUAACUGUAGUUGGUAUGGUUGGCUCCUUGUAA